GCUAGCCGCUUUUAUCUUCAAGGGAGGCUAGAGACCAACUCAGUUGCACAGAUUUGCACACAAAUGAAUCUCACUGCUGAAAACCACAGCAUUCCUCUUAGUGAUGGGAACCAAAUACCACUUCUGGGAUUCGGGACCUACGGAGACCCUCGCACGACACCAAAAGGCACAGCUCGGGAGUGUGUCAAGCUGGCCAUAGAUGUGGGUUACCGGCACUUUGAUGGAGCGUUGGUGUAUUUCAAUGAGCGUGAAGUUGGCCAAGCCAUCAGAGAGAAGAUUGCUGAUGGAACCGUCAGAAGAGAAGACAUAUUUUACUGCGGAAAGCUCUGGAAUACCUUCCAUCCACCCCAGCUAGUGAGACCAGCCCUGGAGAGAACACUGAAGAACUUGAAACUGGACUAUGUGGAUCUAUAUAUUGUUGAGCUUCCCAUGGCCUUUAAACCUGGAAGGGACUUUUAUCCCACAGAUGAGAAUGGAAAAUACAUUUAUCACCCCACAGACCUCUGUGCAACAUGGGAGGCCUUGGAGGCGUGCAAAGAUGCUGGGCUGGUUAAGUCACUGGGAGUUUCCAACUUCAACCGCAGGCAACUGGAGCUGCUGCUAAAUAAACCGGGUCUCAAACACAAACCUGUUUCCAACCAGGUUGAAUGCCAUCCAUAUUUCACACAACCCAAACUCCUGGAGUUCUGCCACCAGCAUGACAUUGUGGUUGUUGGUUACUGCCCAAUUGGCUCCUCCAGGGAUUCCUCCUGGGUAAACUUGAAGUCCCCCCCUCUGCUGGAAGAUGAGCUGCUGGUGAAGAUCGCUAGGAAGUACAACAAAAGUACAGCCCAGGUUGCUCUACGCUUCAAUGUGCAAAGAGGAGUGGUGGUGAUCCCAAAGAGCUUCAACCCAGAGAGGAUAAAGCACAACUUCCAGAUAUUUGACUUUGCACUGACGGAGGAGGAAAUAACAGCCAUUGAAGCGCUCAAUAAAAAUGUCCGCUUUGUGGAGCUGAAGAUGUGGAGUGACCAUCCAGAGUAUCCCUUCCAUGAUGACUAUUAGCAAUAAUUUAUAACUCUAAAGAACAGUUUCUUUAUUAAAAACUAAAGGGUUGAUUCUCACAACAACCAGAGGUUUUUUCACUUAAUGUGCAUCACAUAACGUUUAAUUGCAAGCCUUUUAUUUUUUAUUUUUAGAAUAAUUGAAAUCAUGCAAUGGCAGCAAUAAUGAAUAAAAUUAAACUAAGCUAACAUGUUUUGCCUGUUCAAAGCUGCAAAGUUAGUUUUUAGAGUGUGAAGUCUGUGAACUUAACAAUAGAUUCUUGUGGUUGCAGACCAGCUGAGGGUUGGUGGUAAUGUAAACAGCUGUAAAUUUAAGUCAUUGUAGUAGUGUGUGCCUAUAAUAACAUUGAGAAGGGCAGAAAAAAAUAGUUGUCACCUGAUCCGUCACGCUUUGUUAACUCCGGGCUCCGAAAUGCACGUACAAGUAACCCCUUUGAGUGAAGUCUAUUGACCCAUCAGGAACUCAGAUUUGGUAGUGACGUUUGGGUACCGUCCAUUCUAAUACAUAGAACUGCUAACUGUUUGAAUAUUGAGGAGGAGAAAUGAAUAAUUGCAGUUUUUAACCGGCCUACACAUCCUCACUCACAACUCCUCGUAUAUGGACGUUAGGUUCAGAACCCCCUCAGCCUGUUUUGAUGUUUUGGGUGACCCCAACUAGUCAUUUUUUGACAAGUAUGCAUUUUUUCUCUGGCCAAGCAGUCCUCGGACGCAUUCCGGUUUGCGGCCUGGAGGUUAACGGGAACAGCCAGUACACAAAAAAAUGACGAGUUGGGGACAACCAAAACCUCAAAGUGACGCGGAGGGGGCCCGAACCAUAUGUUAAUAUAUGAAGGGUUGGGAGGGAGAAUAUGUUGGACUUGCUGGAAUUAGAUGACAUCAAGUCUUUAAUAUGUCGGAAUAGAUUUGUGAACAAUAUUUGUACCACUUUGACAUUUCACACCAAGGCAGAAUCCAAAUUCUUCCCCUACGGCCUCCCCCUACCCCCACAUUUAUCCCUCCAAGCGCAGAGAUAUGGCAAAAUAGUGUCUUUAAAUUUGGACGACCCUACCCCUCAACGACAUCAUCAUUAUUAGCCAGUCAUGUUAACAUACAACAACAUUGGUUUUAUAACUUGAAGUAAAUCUGAGCUAAAAUAAAGUCAUUACUUACAUAUAAAUGAAAACUUCAGAACGUACCCACAUGAAGAAAUUAGUUUCUCCUCCGUGGGACGUGGAACACGCUCACAGUAGAGGGAUACACAGUCAAAGUCCUUACAAAUUAAACCAUUUUGGACACCCCUAUCCCAACAAAUGUUCCUACAAUUAGAGGGGUAUGAAGAAGCCUUAGGGGUAGGGGAAGAAUUUGAAUUUGGGUAGAGUGAGUACAAUGAGUACAUGCACUAGUAUCGGGUAUUAACACUCCAGUGUUAACUCUGUACACUAAACGAACGGUCAAGAAUACCCAUUAUUGCAUAACACCCCCAGUAGCAUAACAGCUACCCAAUCGGCCUUGCAUGCACAAACCCUACCUCACUUCCUCUUGUCCCCAGCAUUGUGAUAGUUAAGGAACUUGAAUAACAUUAGCGUCUGUUAUUUGUACAUUUUUGUUUUACAUUUGUUCCAAUUUUGUUGAACUUAUAAUUCAUUAGAUAAAAAAGAAGCUCCCAGCA